CAACAAAUGAGGCCGUACUGUGCAUUGUCGAUCUCCCCUCGCCGAGGACGGCCGGACAUAUAUACAUUACUUUCAUCCUGCAAUCCCCACCGUUCCCGGCCCCCAGCAACAAAUCUGCCACUAUUUUCCACAAUAUGCUCGACUGUAUAACACCAGGCUGGUGUAAUUAUGACGUCGGAUCUGUUAAUACUGUCACUGGGAAGGUUGUAUGGCAGGGUUACAUGUACAAGCCCAGCCUUGCUGCUUCAGAAACUUAUCUUCCGCUUUUUACGAUAAUAACAGCAAUUCUGGUGGUCUUGACUUUUUACCGACGCAUAUGGUGGGCCAUUUAUACUAUUCUCUGCGGUGCUGUUUUGGAAGUCUUAGGGUGGGCAGGAAGGUAUAUGAGCGCAAGUAGUAUCCAAUGGGAUCCCUCAAACGGAGGGCAGUGGACUACUGAUAGCAAUGGGUUUAUAAUGCAGAUUGUCUGCUUGAUUAUCGGCCCCACAUUCUUUUCGGCAGCCAACUAUAUCAUUCUCGGAAGAGUGGUACGCAGAACUGGGUCCAAUUACUCUUCCAUCACACCCUCGUCUUUCUCCGUCAUGUUUACGAUCACGGACUUCUUUUGUCUGUUGGUUCAAUGUGCAGGAGGCGGCCUGGUUGGAACCGCCGAUACCGACUCUGGCAUGCAAAACGGGUUGUAUGUGAUGGCCGCUGGUGUGCUCGCUCAGCUUGCUGUCACUUUGGCUUAUAUCUUCAUGCUCAGCGAAUUUAUCUAUCGCCAUGCCAGAUCCAAGAAAGCAUCUCGGCAGUACGACUUACUUGCAUGGGCCAAGAUCUGCUGUUGUUGCUGCAGUAAACGCAAGCGCCAAAGUGUCGACUCGAGCCACCGAAUGGACGAUGCGAAUAAGACAGAGGCGGGGUUUACAGCUUCGAAUGAGGGUGAACAAGAAGGUGAAGAUAGGAAAUUUGUCAAUUUGGUCCUCUGCACCUUGAUAGUGGCUACAGUCCUCAUCGUCGUCCGGUACGUACUUUGCCAAUUUGCUCUCGAGACGCUCUUACAUUUGUUUUUCACCCGCAGAUCUGUCUACCGUUGCAUUGAGAUGCUCAACUUUCAGCCUAAUCACCCUGGUGCUUAUGGGGACCAAACACUUUUCUUAGUUUUGGAUUCUGCGUUCAUGCUUGCUCUUCUUAUUGUGUACGCUUUAAUACACCCUGGGUGGAUUUUGGCUAGGACCUUAGGAUUAAGCCGCCCUGUUGUAUAGUGCUGGGAUAGUUUGCGCAGGAUUAAAAACUGGUCACAGGUUUGAUGAAAUUAGGAUGGAUUUAGACGCAUUAAGCUAGACGACAUCAUCCUCAUAUCCGUCAAUUUGUUUCAAGAUCGCCAAGCAUGGGCAUCAAUGACGAAAACCUCAAGCUUCUCUGGGAACUUAUUCACAGCAAUCCUGGUCAAAUAAGAACUCAUUAAGACAUCUAGUAAAUAGGAUCUAGAUAUUGCCUUC